UAUGAAGAUGAUAGUACUUACAUGUCACUUUAUCUAUUUCACAAAAAUGCUGAUACAGUUCACGUAAACUAUGCAUUGAGCAUAGGUUCUGUAAAAGAAGAAACAAGUUAUACCUUCAAAGGAAUGAUUGGUCGGGGAUGGACACGGUUCAUCAAGCGUGACGAGGCAUUCAAAAGUUGUCAACCGAAUGGCACUUUAAUUAUAAACUGUGAAAUUCACGCGAUAUCGAACGUUGUUGAAUCUUCUGGAUCAAACGUCGAUCAGUGCAGUACGAGAGACGAAACACUCAGAAGCAAAAUCAGCGACGACUUCCUUACUCUUCUGGAAAAUGAAAAAUUCAGCGAUAUCACUAUCAAAUUAGGAUAUCACGAGAUCGGAGCACACAAGAUUAUUUUGGCAGCCCGUAGUCCCGUGUUGGCAUCUUCAAUCAUGGAAAAUAGUUCAGUGAGCAACAACGGCAAUUCCAGCUUCAUUGAGAUAAAAAACGUCAAACUUACGGUGUUCAAAAAGCUAUUGCAGUACAUUUACACGGAUAAACUAGACGGCGUCCACAGCAACAUGGCGAAAGAUCUCUUGGCGGCAGCAAUCGAGUACGAUAUCAAAGGACUGAAAGCGAGAUGCGAAGAAAUUCUCUGCAGUGGCCAGUAAGUUUAUAGCCGAUCAUGCCCUCACUGUAAUUCAAUCGGCGGAAUUCAAGAAUUUGGAAAUUUCGAAGCCGCAUCCUAUUUACGAAGUUGUUCGCAUUAUGGCGUACAAAUCUAUGGUUAAUCGCGGAUCUGAAGACGUAUAAUAAUUAGAGGUGAUUGAUAAAUAAAAUGUCCAUUCAUACUGUAUGAAGAAAUAACAAAGCAUAUUUUUGAAAAGAA